GUGGAAAGUGGGAGGAGAAGAAGAAUCCUUACAUCAAUGAUCGUCCUCCGUCAAACCCAGGUCCAAAAAGUAUACUGCGUUUCCUUCAAUUCGUCAUGGCAGGAUUUGAGCAACGUGUAACUCUCGAGCCGCAAGUUCUCUGUGAAGCAGCCUUUCAUGACUUUGGCACGGUCAUCGAAAAUCCUGCACCUUCACUUGUCCCAUCAAGCAAAAUUACAAAACUGCCACCCAAUUCGGUCCAAGCCAAUCAGGGUAGCGCUCUCAAAUACCUUAAUGUCACCUACAUGAGAGACUGCUAUGAGUCUGCUCCAAGUAAGGUGCUGGGCAAGGCUGUCAUGAACAUGUUUGUCUGCGCUCCGCGAAGUCUUCUUCAGAGCUCGAGCUCAACUGUUGAGGGCUUAUUUCCCAUCGAGAUUCUGGAGCGACAUCCAUACACAACGCAGACUUUUAUCCCACUUGGGCUCUCUUCGCUGGAAGCACAGCGGGCCCGGUAUCUGGUGAUUGUUGCGCCCAGUCUGCCACCCUCACCAGCUGAUGCAGGCUUGCCUGUUCCCCCCUUAACGAAGGACGGUCAAUCCUUGCCCGGACGAGGCCUUCCUGACGUUGGGAAAGUGAAAGCCUUCAUAGCAAAUGGCUCUCAGGGUGUCACGUACGGCGCAGGGACCUGGCAUGCGCCAAUUGUUGUUAUUGGCGAGAAGCCUAUCGACUUCGUCGUUGUGCAAUUCGCCAACGGUGUGGGUGUGGAGGACUGUCAAGAGACACUGGUCUCUGAAGGAGGGCGAGCCCAGCUACUCGUGGCGGUCCCGAAAGUGGAGCUGAGAUCGAGGGGAGCGAAGUUGUAGGGGAUGGGAAGUCCGGAUGUGCAUCGCCUGCUACGUGGACGUUUUUGGACUGCAUCCUUCAAAGCAGCGUGGAGUGAUCGGAGAGGUGAACUGUUCGUCGAUAACAGAGCUAUGUUGAUACUUGGUUCUCAUGUACGAGUUCAGAGACAGAGGAGACGCGGCAAUUGGUUGUGGAGGCCCGUAUGAGCUGUUUUGUUUCGUUUUGGCACACGGGAGGCUCUACCUGGCCGUUGAAUGACUUUGGGUGUGGU